AUGUUUGAUUUGAAGGAGCAGGUGGCAUUGAAGAUUGGAAUUCCAGCUUGCUUGCAAGAUAUCCAGUUAGAUGGCAGAGUAACAGAAAAUGACGAGUGGAUAGCAACUACUGAUGGGUUCAAGCUAUCGGUAACACUUGUUGUCAGGCACGGCUUGGUCGAGUUUAAAGUUGCGAACAACACAAAUCACAGGAAUGGUUUUGCUCCUAAAAUGGCAUGCUACAGCAAACUUAUCAGUCCCGAACCUGCACCGCUCGGGACGAUUGUGAAAGCUGUUAUCCGGUGUGGAGACUUGAUCAUGACAACUGAGGGCCAGUGGCUGCCAUUGGAUAUCUUGGAACCACUGAGGCCGAACUAUGGUGAAGAUUCUGAUGUGGAGCGCGAUUAUGAUGUAAUGUUCUUGCGCCCUGACGGAUCCACUGAACACAAAACCGUUGAGUGGAUGAGCUCCAAUGGGUUCAGUGAGAUCCAGGUUGGGAUGGGCAUAUGGUCGAGCAAAUGGAUGUUCCAGCCUGGAUUUGUUGACACGGUCGACAGAGAAGAUGUGAAGCACAAGGUUGGUCUCGCUAUGAGCGGCGUUCUGGGCAACCCUGACUUGAUCCCGUAA